AUGCGCCCUAAUGCCCAACGGCCGCCAACUCGCUCCGGACAGCCCAACCGCCCCGCCUCCCCUUGUCUCGCGCUCGGUCUCCUUCCCUCAACCCCUGGCGUCUCCUAUCUCCCGCUCGCCCGCAGAUCCGACGUCUCCGCACCGCGGCCCCGCGCCUGGGCCAUCCGCUCACCUGAUUCCUUGUUCGCCUCCGCGUGCUGCGAAGAGAGCCGCCCGACUCUGGUUACAGUUCUCGCGCCCCGACACGAGCUGUUGCGCUUCCUGUCUCCUACGUCCGAGUGCGGCUCAGCUCACUGGGCCGCUCGCUUUUCAUUCAAGAGAGGCGGGAGCGAUGAUUGGCUUCUGCGGGAGGUGUCUGGAGGCUAUUGGUGGAGAGGGGAAAAGGGCGUGCUUCAUGCCUCCGAUUCAUUGGUCAAUCUAAAAGUAGGCGCCGGAGUGGGCUGA